AUGGCUCCUCCGAAUGAGCCCCGAAGCAUGUCGCGACAACCGCUGCAUCGAGCCUCGGGGUCUACCAGCACAGCGAGCAGCAGCUCCGACUACAAAGCUUUCCAGGCCGGCACACAGAGACUGCGCUCCAGCAGCGCCGGCGGCGGCGGCGGUGACAAGAAGAAGUGGCUGGGCUCGUUGAAGGACUGGCUGUCGGUCAGCGAGCCGUCGGCGCAGGCCAUGAAGACGCAGAAGCGCGAUACGUUCAAGAAGCACGGCGUGGACCCCAAGGACCCGGCCGCGGCGGCCAAGAUGCACCUCCCGCUGGGCACGCUGCCGCCGGGCGCGACGACGUCGACGUCGGGGCCGACGCCGGAGAAGCGGCUGGCCAAAGAGCUGCAGAACCGGCCGCACUAUCUCAAGCACGGGUCAACGCAGUCGGUGUCGAGCGGCAGCUCGUCGACGAGCGCGCCCAGCAUCCGAGAGAUCAACCAUGUGGCACCGUGGGAGAAUUGA